AUGUCGAAGAGUAUUGUACUGUUGAGCUCCGAUGGAGAGUCUUUUGAGGUUGAUGAGGCUGUUGUGCGUAAGAUACUAAUGGUAAGAGACAUGAUCGAAAACGAAUGCGCCGAUAACCCUAUACCGCUUCAUUACGUCACCGGUGAGAUCCUCCCCAUGAUUAUUGAAUAUUUGAAGAAGCACGUUGAUGAUGAUGCUGGUUCAAUUGAAGAUAAGGAGGAGCUCGAGACAUGGGACGCUGAGUUCAUGAGACGUUAUGAUUUUGAUACCUUAUGCAACCUCAUGAACGCUGCUUACUAUCUCAGCAUUGUAAGCCUUCUCGAUCUCAUUGGCCAAACUAUUGCAGAUAUCAUAAAUGAAAAAGAGAUAGAAGAGAUCCGAGCCAUGUUUAACAUUGUUCCAGAGCGAUCGAUUUCACAUUCGGAAGAAGAAGAAAAGGUUUACAAGGAGAGUGAAUGGGUUUAA